AUGGAGGACGUCAAACACAUGACGCCCAAGCCUUCGGGCAUGGCCCGGAACGCCGUUUCCAAGAUGCUCGAAAAGGGCCGCCACAACAUGGUGAGCUCAUCGAUCCAGUCUGUCGAUUCUGAGGAUCACGAGGGCCAUGGUGGUGUGUCACUGUUGGAUAACGACUCGGAAGAUGAUUUCCCUACCCAGCCUGUCCAGUCUACGCAACCCGUUAUGGCUCAAGAUACCUCUAUGGAUGCCACUCCCAAGGCUAGCGUUACGCAAAGGAAGAAUGGAAGCGCUCCUACCACGAAUUUUGCUAAAGAAAUUCGCAGAAAGGAUAAGAAGCGUGCUGGUACAUUCGAUCAAAAUGGCAGCAACGGAAAUAACAGAGGAAAACAGAACGGGUUCACCACUGGCCAUACCCAAGAUCGUCAACAAGGAACUCCUGCUACCACUGGAGCUACUUCUCUUGCCCGCCAAGCUCCGAUCAACUAUGCGGUUCAGUAUCCCCAAGCAGCGCAACACUCCCAACCGGGUCAAGCUAUCCCAAACCUGGGCAACGGCAUAUCACCUAAUGUAGCAAACGAGGUGAUGGCGGGAGGUCAGCCUGCUUGGGCGCCAUCAAACAAUCACAACAUCAACAAUCAGCAGGCAGGUAUAGUUUACCAGCACAUGGGCAUUGCUCAAGUCCAGUCUGGUCAGGGCUUUGUGCCCAACGGACCUGGCGGCCAGCCUGGUGUUAGUUCGCCGGUUGGUCAGGCUGGAUAUUCGGUUCAAUAUGCGCCCAUUGGCCAUUCUUAUUCCCAACAUCAAAUGGCCUCGGUCGCCGACUCCAAUGCCUUCGCACAGCCGCUUCAUGCUCAGCCCCUCGCAGGUGUUACUCAGCUGGCUCCUGGCCAGUUCUACUAUGCCUAUGGCCCGGUCGUUGGAGGUUCCGGCUCGAAUGUUCAGCCUCAGGGUGGCCAGCAGACCGCCGAUACUCCCAUGAGUGGGAACAACCAGACCGCGAAUGACCCGCAGACUGAUAAGACCCGGUCUCAGGCUACACAGACCCCUUCGCACACGAACAAGAGUCCCGCCACGAACCCUUACAACCAAACCGAGCCACGUAACUUUGCCCCCCGCGCAGAUUCACUGCCCGCCCAACCCCCGCCUCCCUUCAUGAUUGGCACUGCUUAUACUCACAACACUAACGGCACUCAAGCCGGUGUGGUUGCCAGCUCCGUGAUUGAUCCGUUCUCUGCGGUGGGCAACGAUGAUCAUGCUAUUGCCAGGAUCCCUAACCAUCAUUCUGGCUAUGAGACUCCGAACGAAAACUAUGCGGUUAUACCACAUAUGCCCAUUUCCGGUCCCCCACCUCCAGAAGUGCGGGCUGCACGCUCGGCGCAGUUGAACAGGCUCACCAAUGGCCCGUCUGGCCUCCCUCCUGCGGAGGUAGCUUUGCAUCCGGACAACUUUCCUUUCAUCGAGAGCUGCUCCCAAGCCACUGCUUCGGAUGCUGGAGUUGUCAAGAUCAAAAACAUUCCUUACAUGACUACUCACCAAGAGAUCAAGGCCUUCCUUGGUCGCAACUCCAAGAUCUUGAACGACCCCCAGGAGCCCGUUCAUGUCAUUAUGGAGCGUAUCUCUGGCAAGACGCAAGAAGCAUACGUUGAGUUCUUCAGCCAGGAUGAUGCUAUCAAAGCUGUCCAGCGCUUCAACCAAGCCGUGCAGAGAGGUCGUCCUCCUCGCAUUGCUGAUCGCCCUGUUGACGUGGAGCUGUCAGGCCAGGCCAGUAUGAUGAAGGACCUCUUUCCUUUGGCGGCCGGAGUUGUCUGGAGGGGCGCAGAGCCUGAGAUCCAAUCCCCAGUUGAGGGCAAGCCCUGGAACACUUUCAAGGGCUUCGUCACGACCGAGGAGAUGGCUAUGUUGGUCAAGCUUGUUGAGAUGCCUCAGCGCGCUCAAUACCUAAAACAUUGCCCUCAGCGCCCUUACGAGUGCAUGAUCUCCACCAUCAGGAAGCUGCCCUGGCAAAAGUCAGACUACAUCACUGUCCACCAACGCUGGGCCGUAUACAACGCCACCAUCCGUCUCAUUGAGCUGCUCCGUAACACAAUCCACCAUGACAAUCGCGACAGCCACAUCGCUCUCGAUCAACGUCUCCUCAAGCGUCUAGUCAACACAGCCAUGCUAUGCCCUGGCUUCAGCGUUCUGCAAAAGGACAACAUCGCCUUCACCGCCGGCAUGGACGAGAUGAAGCAGCGCGAGUUCAACCAACCUCGAUUCCCCGAUCUCUGGACCCAUCAGCUGUCGAUUUGCCCCAAGCCAGGAGUCCCGCUCGACGUCCUCGAGUGGUACAUUGCCAUCAUCCGCGAGGAGACGACUCGCUUUGUCAACGUCAAGGCCGUCAGCGAGAGGACAGAGAUUAUCAACAAGGCUACCAAGAUGGACAGCAACGGUUACUUUGGGUUCCUCUGGCAUGAGAUCGGCUUCCCUACUGGCGAGGAGUACGACAACAUGACUCUGAAGCAGGCCAUGGAGAAGGAGAUGAGAGCCGUGGAGGAGAGCAUCAAACGUGUGCUCUAUUAUGGCUAUCAAGCCGUUCCCAACGGCAGGUUUAAGCAGUUGACGGCUGCUUAG